CUUCGUUCGGCUAUGCAACGCAUCGAUGCCCUAUAAAUACAUAUGGGGGUCACGAUUUCAGAGCGAACUCAGUUUUUCGCCGACCGGCAACUGGAACCCUCCCAGUGAUCGAUCAUGAGGCUUCUCCCGAUACCGGUAAUGAUGCUGGUGCUGGCCAGCACUAUAGCCAUUACCGUUGACAAGAAUUCAAAGCAACGGCACAGCGCUUUCGUACAGGCGAAGAGACAUGGAAAAAGAGGUUUGGACGGUUUGGGAUAUGGUCUACAUCACGAACAUCAGGAGCACGUGUACGGUCCACCGUCAUUGUCACCGGCGCCGGUUUAUGAAAUUCCCCAGCCAGAUGCUGGGCAACCGGUACCGGGACACAUACCGGAACCAUCACCCCCCGUCGUUGGACAUCCAGUCGUUGGACAUCCAUUCGUUGGACAUCCAGUCGAUGGACAUCCAGUCGUUGGACAUCCAGUUGCGGCAGUGCCUGUACCUAUUCCGCAGCCGUUUCCGCAUCCGGUACCGCAUCCGGUACCGCAACCGGUCGCGGUGCCCGUGGUGGUACCGGUCACUAAGCAUGUACCGGUCGCUGUACCCGUGCCAGUUCAUAUCGAUCGCGCUGUGCCAGUGGCAGUGCCAGUACCGAAACCGUAUCCCGUCCCCGUGGAGAAGAUCGUUCAUGUGGACCGGCCAGUACCAGUGCCAGUCGAGAAACCGGUGCACGUCCCGGUCGAUCGGCCGGUGCACGUGGCGGUGCCGGUACCGAAACCAUAUCCCGUCGCCUUCGAGAAGAUCGUCCACGUGGAUCGACCGUAUCCAGUGCACGUGGCCGUGCCAGUACACGUGCCGAAGCCAUACCCAGUACCGGUCGCCAUACACGCUCACUAUAAGUCACACGGUUGGUCACGUUGGUGACACAGAGAGUCGUCCAGCUCCUAAAGGGGUAUUCUGAUUUAGAAUGUACUGAAAAAUGAGUAUUUUUCUAAACCUCUUUACAGAAAGGCUGUAACAGGCACAUUGAAGAAAUCACAAUAUCAUAUUGGUUGUAGUUUAUAUGAUAAAGAAUAUUUACUUCAUAUAUAUCAAAUUUGAUAAAGAUUAUUUUAACUAAAAUUUUAGGGAGUUCAGUUAAAAAAAUGAUUUCGUGAAAAAGUAACUUUCAAUUUUUACUUUUCGUACAUAUAAGAACAUUAUUUACGUCUAAUAUAUUUGCAGACGUAUUCUUAAGACCUUAAAAAAUGCAAAAAAAAAA